CCCCCUGCCACUGUCACUCUGUUCUUCCACUUCCCAUCUUCCAUGGCCUUCUUCUUUCCCCUCCUCCUCCUCCUCAUUUCCCCCGCCGCCGCCUCCUGGCCCCCCUCCCCCGGGUUUUGGCCGAGCACCCGCUUCCGCUCCAUGGAAUUCUACAAAGGCUUCCGCAAUCUCUGGGGCCCUCAGCACCAAAGCCUCUCCCAAAACACCCUUUCCAUUUGGCUCGAUCGCACCACCGGCAGCGGCUUCAAGUCCCUCCGCCCUUUCCGAUCUGGCUACUUCGGCGCCUCCAUCAAACUCCAACCCGGCUACACCGCCGGCGUCAUCACCUCCUUCUACCUCUCGAACAACGAAGCUCACCCAGGAUUCCACGACGAAGUCGACAUCGAAUUCUUAGGAACGACAUUCGGUAAGCCCUACACAUUACAAACCAAUGUCUACAUCAGAGGAAGUGGCGACGGACGAAUCAUCGGCAGAGAAAUGAAAUUCCAUCUCUGGUUCGACCCUACUAAAGAUUUUCACCAUUACGCCAUUCUGUGGCGCCCAAAUGAAAUCAUAUUUCUUGUUGACGACAUACCCAUAAGAAGGUACCCAAGAAAAAGCGCCACGACAUUUCCCUUAAGACCAAUGUGGCUUUAUGGUUCGAUUUGGGAUGCAUCUUCAUGGGCAACAGAGGAUGGUAAAUACAGAGCCGAUUAUAGAUACCAGCCAUUCGUGGCGAAGUAUACGAAUUUUAAAGCAGGGGGUUGUUCGGCGUACUCGCCGGCGUGGUGCCGGCCGGUGUCAGCGUCGCCGUUCCGAUCAGGGGGGCUGACUAGGCAACAGGAAAAUGCAAUGAAAUGGGUGCAAAGCCAUCACUUGGUUUACAACUAUUGUUGGGAUAAUAAGAGAGACCAUUCCUUAACACCAGAGUGUUGGCAUUAGAAUUUUGGGGGAAAAAGAGAAAUUAGGCUUUUGUAUGGACUGAAAGUGAAAACUCCAUUGAAUUCUUGCUGUAAUUUCUUUCUUUCUUUUUUUUUUUUUUUUUGGGUGAUUUUAUUAUUGGGCUGAAAAUUUUUAGUUUUGAAAGAGAGGGUCUGAAAAAAAAAAUGGCACAAAAAGGGAACAGAUACGAGAAUUGUUGACCUUAUAGGGUCCAAAAUCUCAAAUUAGAAAGGGAAAAAAGAAGAAAAAAAAAUGUAUUUUUAUGCCAACAAAAAUAAAUGAAAUAUUGUGUGGUGUUUUUUCC